AUGUUGAAGUUUGUUGUACUUGGUCUUGUGAUUGCAACAGCGGCGGGGCAGCUAAGCGCUUCGGACCGCCAGUAUGUAGUUGAUCAGCACAACAAGUACAGAGCUCAGGUGGCUGGGGGUACGGCUGUUGGUGCUGGUAACGUUACACUACCGACUGCUGGAGAUAUGAAGGCGCUUGUAAGUUGAUUUUUGGAACAAUUGAGAUAUUAUAAGUAAUGACAGUGUAGUAGAAAGUACUGACACUAAGUGGAUUAGUAAUGAGAUUUUCAAUAUUAUAUUAUGUUAGGUAUACAGCACUGACCUCGAACAAGAAGCCACUACCUAUGCUGAAAAAUGUGUCUGGGCUCAUUCUGGCACUCAAGAUGGAGAGAAUCUGUAUUCUCUUACCCGAACUUCGACUGAAAACACUGUCAAUCUUGGAGCAGCUAUCACAGCCUGGUACAACGAGGUCACCACCUUCAGUCCAAGUGGUAUUCCUAGCUACGCGUUUGUUGAAGCUGAUGGACAUUUCACUCAGGUAAUUUGGGCCAACACUUCUGAAGUCGGAUGUGAUGUGGCCAGCUGUCCCACUUUGACCAACCUAGAAGGCAGCAACUAUGCCUACAUCGUAUGUAACUACCGAGCUGCUGGCAAUGUUGUCUCUUUACCCAUCUACACAGAAGCCGAUCCAGCUUCUCAAUGUCCUUCUGGCUACGUGGCUGAUUCUCCACUUUGUGUUGUUGCUACUACUGGUACUACUACUACCAAUACUGGUACCACUACUGCUAAUACUGGUACUACCGCCAGUGGAGCUUCUACUUCUAGUACUACUGCCGGUACCACUGGUAGUACUGCUAGUGAAGGAGUUAGUAGUACUGCUGUUACUAGUGGAAGUACUGCUAGCAGUGAUAAUGAUGCUGCUAGUAAGACUCCUUCUGGUUCUGAUCCAACCACUACCAGAGGAUGUCGUACUCGACCAUAUCAAUACUAA